AUCUCUAGACCCAAAAACCAGUCGAAAGUUCUUCAGUGCUCUCUUCUCGCUUCUUUGCUUGACUACGAUACUCGGCUAUCGACAUUGGAAAGCGUCAAGAAUGGAAAGGUUUGGAGUACCGCGUGGUAAGCGUCCACGAGUGCAGGUUUCAUUGGACGAUAAGGAGCGGGCCAUCGCCCGUAUCCGGGGUGGUGAAACCAAGGCCGGAAUAUCCCGCGAAUUGGGGGUUCCGGAGUCGACGGUUCGCGGUUGGGUAAAACGAGCCGAACAGCGGUUGGCCCGAGAGACGGCCAGCCAAACGGGUUCUGCCAACUAUCCCUCCAUUCUGGCCCUGACCCUGACCAAACCGCAAGUCACUAUCAGCACAAAAUCGUCGGCAUCGUCUGUCAUAUCCAAAUCAUCAUACUCAUCGCCUCCGCUGGAUUUGAAAUCCCUGAAACGGCCCCAAAAGCGAAACAUUAAUGGUCAUCCGGUGGCACGCACCCACGAUCCAGUCGAGGAUUCAGCAGCAACCACCAUUCCCAUCCCCGUUCCGAUUCCGAUGCCCCUUCCUGUGCCACCGAUUGUUUCGCCUGACAGUGAGCAACAGAUGAAUGCUUGGUUGCAUAUAUUCAAUGCAGGAUUGCUCAACUUCACCCUCAUUGCCACCGCUGCAGUGCUUCAGGCUCGCUCCCGCGGUUUGGCGGAUCGCCUGCCGUUGUGGCAAAUAAUCGCGGAUUUUGUUGAUGAAGCCGGGCGUAAUGUCAAUGCCAAUGGAGGUCGCUACCUCGAGGGACAUCCGGCGACUGGACACACGAGUCCCAGGCAACGCACCGUCCAACUGCCCACGCAGGUGCAUUCGUAUCGCGGGAAAUUUAAGCCACCACCGACUCAUAUAACCGCCGAAGAUGACGACGACUGCUACACGGACGCUGAUGUGUCCCACUGAUGUCACAUGGAAUGCUCUGGGGUACUACUCUCUGGGCAAGCGGAUUAGGAGAGGCUUUUAAAUACAUACAGAAUUACAGAUAUUGUUACGUUUUAUUAAAUGAGAGUAAAUACUCUCAGCAUGAAAGUAUUCCAAAGAUAAA